CCGUGUUUCAACAUCAAAAUGAGGAUAUACCAAGCAUGCUUAAUCUUUGCUGUUUUGACUGUUAUCUCGUGUGGUGAGAUAGUAGAUAACAAAAAGACUAAAAGAGGCCUUCUUGGACUCGGAUACGGCUCUGGAUUUGGCCAUUUAGGAUCAGGCAGUUAUGCCUUUUCCGGAGGUUACGGCUUAGCAGGUUACGGCGGUGGUUUAGGCUUAGCCAGAGCAGGUUCUAGUUUAUCCCUCGGAGGAUAUGGAUAUGGCGGAGAUACCAGCUCACAUACUGUUACAACUAUAAACAGGCCAGUAGCUGUUCCAUACCCACAACCAGUACCAGUUCGUGUAGAUCGCCCUGUAGCAGUGCCAGUACCUCAUCCCGUACCCGUCGAUGUUCCACGUCCAUACCCGGUACCUGUUCCGCAGCCGUAUCCCGUUACUGUUACAAGAACCGUACCAGUUGAGGUACCACGAGCUGUUCCUGUACCUCAUCCAGUACCUGUUCCAAUUUCGAUACCACAACCUGUCGCUGUUGGAGUUUCCGCUCCGGCGAUUUCCUUUGGAUCUGGAUUAGGAUUUGGAGGAGGAUACGGACGUGGAUACGGUUCUAAUUAUGGAAGUUCUUAUUUUGGUCACGGGUUGGAUUUAGGUUUUGGUAGUAGUAAAGGAAUUGUUUUGGGUAAAGGAUGGUGAAUUGAUAGUUUUAGUUGACAUGUUCUGUAUAUAGUUAUAGGAAGCAAAUAGAAAUUGAAUUAUU